AUGCCCAUCGCCCUGGAAGAUGAGCGCGUCCGGCUCGUGAAGACGGUCUUCGUGAUUUAUUACCACCAAGAUGUGCACAAGGCGUCCAAGUUCCUGCUGGACUUUGGGUUCGAAGUGGCUGAGCAGCGAGACGACGAGGUCAUCUUCUUCAAGGGCUACGGACCAGACCCGUAUUGUUACGUCGCGCGGCGCGCAGAGGACGGUGUCGCCAGGUUCGGCGGCGCCGCAUACCUGGUCGAGUCGGAGGCGGAGCUCGAGAAGGCGAGCAAAAUCCCUGGGGCGUCGGCCAUCAGCAAACUCGACGCGCCUGGGGGAGGAAGCAUCAUGACGUUGACCGACCCCAUCGGGCACCUGGUGCACCUGGUGCACGGGAUCCGCGAGAAGCCCAGCGAGGCGGCGGCGGAGAAGAAUCUGCAGAAGCUGGUGGUCAACUACGGCGACGAGAAGCGCAGAGUGGGCAAGUUCCAGCGCUUCCAGAUGGGCCCUGCGCCCGUGCACAAAUGGGGCCAUUACGGCGUCAGCUAUCCGCCGGGUAAGUACCAGGACAUGGUCGACUGGUACACGGGCCACUUGUCCCUGGCGUUCAGCGACAAAGUGACCAUCGGGGGCAAGGAGGCCGUGUCGUUCUUCCACAUCGACCGCGGCCUCGAGUAUACUGACCACCACUCCUUCUACAUCAAGCCGACGCGGGGCGACGACGAGAAGCCCGACGUCGCGCACAGUGCCUUUGAAGUACACGACUACGACGUCCAACAGCUUGCGCACAACUACCUCGAGUCCAAGGGCUACAAGUUAUCGUGGGGUGUCGGCAGGCAUGUGCUCGGCAGUCAAAUCUUUGAUUACUGGUAUGACGAGUCUGGGUUCGAGCUGGAGCACUAUGCGGAUGGAGACUUGGUGAAUUGCGAGACCGAGGUGACUGUCCAGGAGAAUGGGCCACAUACAAUGUAUGUUUGGGGACCGCCUAGACCGGCGGCACGGGGGUAA